AUGGACCCGGCUUAUAUGGCCAGGCACGAUGGCAGCGAGCAAGCCACCGGUCGUGGCUCCGGUCAGAAAUCGAGGAAAGGCCUGGAUGUUUCAGACGUGCGGAACAAAGGCAACUCGACGAAUCCGACGCCGUACAUGCAGAUGAUGUUCGCCCCGAUGGAACGCCGACUCGACAUUGCCAUUUUCCGCGCCCUUUUUGCUAGCAGUGCGAGACAGGCACGUCAGUUUGUGCUGCACGGGGCCGUCACGGUGAACGGAAAAAAGAUGACAUACCCCGGCUACCUCCUCAACCCGGGUGACAUGUUCCAGGUCGAGAUCGAGCGGGUCAUGGCAGCAACCGGGAAGCCAAAAAGGAAAUCAGGCGGCAGCCAAAAAGCGCCCAAAAACACCGAAGCGAACGAGAACGCCGAAGGCGAAGAAAGCCAGGCCGCUGAAGGGGAAACCACCGAAACCGCCGAAACCGCAGCGGAAGGCGCGGUAGAAGGCGUGGCGGAAGCGGCGGUUACGGAGGCCGUCAAGUCGAAGCACUUUGCAACCCUCAAAGAACUCAAAAUACGGGCCCAAAGGAUCAUGAAGGUGAAAAACCAGUUCAUCCGUGCCAAGGAAAAGAAGGCCCUGCGUAAGAUGCUCGUGCAGGUCAAGGAAACCCUGGAGCGCGGCCGGAAAGCCGACGAUCCGACUGUGGCGGAGAUGGACCAAGCCGAGCGCCAGCUGACGGACCUCCUCUCGGGGCUGUCCCUCUCGAGCAACCAGCACUCCACCGAGGCCAAGAAGGCGAGGAUCGAGCUGAAGCGACAGCAAGAGAUCCAAGGCCCGGACAUCAAGAAGUCGCUCGUCGGCGGCGGCACCAUCCGCUCCGCCCAGCUCGGCCUGCUGACGCCCAACCAGCGCAACGUGCUCCUCAAGGCGCUGCAGCUCGAGGCCGAGAACCCCUACGACUCCUCCAAGCCCUACGCCACCCCCUGGAAGCCGCGCGACUGGAUGUCCCCCUUCGCCUUCAUCCCCCGCUACCUCGAGGUCAACCAGAAGAUCUGCGCCGCCGUCUACCUGCGCCACCCCGUCGCCCGCCCGGGCCUGUCCGAGGUGCCCACGCCGUUCGCCCCCUCCGUAUCGCAGUUGGCGUUCAACUGGUACCUGCGGAGAGGUUGA